CCGAUUCCACUAUUGUCACGCUGUUGCUCACGAUACACACAUUAGGAACGGUCUACUCUCCUUUCCGUUAGUUCUGGGCUGUGGACGCCAGCAGUGUUCUGUGACUGUACUAAGGGCCUUCAAAAGGAAUUGAAAACCAUGUCUGAGGCAGAAUUUGAUAAGGCUGCAGAGGAGGUGAAGCAGCUGAAGGCCAAACCAGCAGAUGCAGAGAUGCUCAGGGUUUAUGCUCUGUUUAAACAGGCCAAAGUGGGCGAUGUCAACACUGCUCGUCCUGGGAUGCUUGAUUUCACUGGGAAAGCCAAGUGGGAUGCCUGGGAGAAGGAGAAAGGAAAGAACCAAGAGGAAGCCAGGAAGGAGUACAUUGCCUUGGUAGAGGAGCUUAAAGGGAAGUACGGAGUCUAAGAACCUACUGACUGGGUUCGACCGCUGGCAGUGUAGAACCAUGACCUCUGUGGUCAGCCCACACCUCGUCCCUGUGAGAUGCCUUAAAUUCCAUUAGUAUGCCCUUUGCUACAAGACCUGGGGCAAAUGCAUAUGUAAAAUACUUUGUAAUUCUAGAGGUGUGCUUGGUUUAGCGGAGUGAUUUUAGUUGGCACUUUUUGGACUAUUCAAAUGGUACAAAACAAGAACUCAAGCCCACCUCAUGUAUUUUACAUAUGUGUUGGACCCAGGUAUGUUUGCGACUGUAUUGCAUGCGAACGCUGUAUGCCUAGUGUGGACCACCUAUGGUCAAGCUGAGAAUACAGGGCUGACAAGCCGCUGCUACGGACCGAGUCAAGCCGUCCUCCACCAGCAAUUUCCUAGUGAACUGGUUGUACAGCCCAGGAACUCUAUAAAGUCUACAUUUGUUUUAACA